AUGCCCCUCAACGCAGCAGUGAUCGGUUACGGCUUCUCCGCAAAAACAUUCCACAUCCCGUUUAUCCUGCAUAACCCGGGAUUUGUUCUGUACGCCAUCGUCCAGCGGGCCCCGAGGGAGGGAUACUCAGCGAUCACCGAUUUCCCAGACGCAAAGAUCUACAAUGACGCGUACGCUGUUAUCCAAAACGAGGACGUUGAUAUAGUCAUCAUCACUUCAACGAACGAUACGCAUUUCCCGUUGGCAAAGGCCGCUUUGGAGGGUGGGAAGCAUGUAAUCGUGGAGAAGCCAUUCACGAUAACAUACGCCGAGGCAAGCGAACUCGCGGAUCUAGCUGAGAAAACCGGUCUCCAGCUUGCUGUUUACCACAACAGACGCUGGGACUCCGACUUCCUAACCCUACGCUCCCUCCUAUCCCACCCCAGCAACCCCCUUGGCCAAAUAAUCCGCUUCAGAUCACACUUCGACUGCGCCCCGAACUCGCGAACGGCAGUUGAGUCGAGGAAAUGGCGGCUUGCGAGCGGGGUCCCGGGGGGCGGGAUGCUGUUUGAUCUGGGCAGUCAUCUACUUGACCAGGUGCUCGUGCUUUUCGGGAUGCCGAGGAGUGUGACGGCUUUUUUGUUUGAUGAGGCGCAUGGGCGGGAGGUUGGGGAGGAGGGGUUUGUGGAUGAUGGGUUUUUGAUUUUGUUGGGGUUUGAGGGGGCGAUGAAAGUCGAGCUCCAUUCGACGCAAUACGUUGUCAGCGACAGGCAGAAGCGGUUCGAGGUCCUAGGGACAAAGGGGCGGUGGGUUAAGUACGGGCUUGAUGUUCAGGAGGAGCAGCUGCAGAGGGGCAUCUAUCCUGGUUGUGAGGGGUACGGGGUUGGGGCGGCCGGAAAUGAGGGCACGCUUCAAGUAGUUGAUGGAAAGGGGAUAAAGACGGAGGAAUGGAGGGCGACGCCGGGAGGGUACCAGCACUUCUAUCAGAAUGUGCAUGAUGCGAUUGGCGGGAAAGAAGAGCUCGCGGUCAAAUCUCGAGAUGCGGCGCUUGUCAUGAAGAUGAUAGAACUGUGUCGACAGAGUGCCAUUGAGGGGAGGACUUUGCGAUUGGCAUAG